AACCACAGAUGGUCCAGGACAUUAUUAUUCAGUAAUUAUGAGUUAGAGCCCAUAAUCUGUAUGUUAAAAAAGAGCUCCCCAGAUGAUUCUGAUGCAAGGAACCAUUGGUCUAGACUAUCUAGUGAUUUUUAUUUAUAAGCAGUGAAAUAAUUUAAAAAUGUCCUAGUAACUCUUCAGAUUAAUAUUAUGAAAUAAGAAUUGAGACUGAACUCUAGCAAACAGGAAACAGACUGUCCAGCAGAUGGCGCUGUUUGGCACCUUAAUUGUCCGGAGAAGCUGCUUUGCCUCUGAGCACAGGCUGCAUCUACACAGGGGGCGCUUGGCGCGCAACGACCCCAAACAGGAGCUUUGAAGCCUGAGGAACCGAACUCGGUAGCUCCAACCCAACUCGGCUUAACUCAGCCCCACCGAACCUGAUCAGGGACUCUCAGCUUCCUGGGCUUGCAGCAGCUCACCGAUCCUAUCAUCCUCUUCAGUUCCAGCUAGAAUGCUGUGGCAGGCACUUUGCAGAUUUGGUCAAAAGCUGGUACGCAGACGUACACUGGAGCCAGGCACGGCUGAGACUCGCCUUGCCAGAUGCCUGAGCACACUGGAUUUAGUGGCUCUGGGUGUGGGUAGCACAUUGGGUGCUGGUGUGUAUGUCCUGGCUGGCGAGGUGGCCAAAGAUAAAGCGGGGCCAUCCAUUGUGAUCUGCUUUUUGGUGGCUGCCCUGUCUUCUGUGUUGGCUGGGUUGUGCUAUGCGGAGUUUGGGGCCCGGGUUCCCGGUUCUGGUUCUGCAUAUCUCUACAGCUAUGUCACUGUGGGUGAACUUUGGGCCUUCACCACUGGCUGGAACCUCAUCCUCUCCUAUGUCAUCGGUACAGCCAGUGUGGCACGGGCCUGGAGCUCUGCUUUUGACAACCUGAUUGGGAACCAAAUCUCCCAGGCCCUGCAGGGGAACAUUUCACUGCAUGUACCCCAAGUCCUUGCAGAAUAUCCAGACUUUUUUGCUAUGGGCCUUGUGCUGCUGCUCACGGGAUUGCUGGCUCUGGGAGCUAGUGAGUCAGCUCUGGUUACCAAAGUGUUCACAGGGGUGAACCUUUUAGUUCUUGGCUUUGUUGUCAUCUCCGGCUUCAUUAAGGGGGACCUGCACAACUGGAAGCUCACAGCAGAGGACUAUGAAUUGGCCAUGCCUGGACCCAAUGACACCUACAGCUUGGGCCCUCUGGGCUCUGGAGGAUUUGUGCCUUUCGGCUUCGAGGGGAUUCUCCGUGGAGCAGCUACCUGUUUCUAUGCGUUUGUUGGUUUCGACUGUAUUGCUACCACUGGGGAAGAGGCCCAGAAUCCCCAGCGGUCCAUCCCGAUGGGCAUUGUGAUUUCACUGUUCAUCUGCUUCUUGGCAUAUUUUGGUGUCUCUUCUGCACUCACGCUCAUGAUGCCUUACUACCAGCUUCAACCAGACAGCCCCUUGCCUGAGGCAUUUCGCUAUAUUGGUUGGGCCCCAGCCCGCUAUGCCGUGGCUGUUGGCUCACUCUGUGCUCUUUCUACCAGUCUCUUGGGCUCUAUGUUCCCCAUGCCUCGGGUGAUCUAUGCAAUGGCGGAGGAUGGCCUUCUGUUCCGUGUCCUUGCCCGGAUCCAUGCCCGCACGCGCACACCCAUAGUGGCCACUGUGGUCUCUGGUGUUAUUGCAGCAUUCAUGGCAUCUCUCUUUGAACUCACUGAUCUUGUGGACCUCAUGUCUAUUGGGACCCUGCUUGCUUACUCCCUGGUGGCUAUUUGCGUUCUCAUCCUCAGGUAUCAGCCUGACCAGGAGAUGAAGAACGGGGAAGAUGAAAUGGAGUUGCAGGAGGAGAAGAUACCUGAAGCAGAGAAGCUGACCCUACAGGGACUCUUUUGCCCAUUCAACGCUAUCCCUACACCACUCUCUGGCCAAGUUGUCUAUGUUUGUUCCUCACUGCUUGCUCUACUGAUGACUGUCCUGUGCCUGGUGCUGACUCAGUGGCCAAUUCCACUGCUUUCUGGAGACCCAGUAUGGAUUGCAGUGGUUGUGCUACUUCUGAUGCUUAUUACUGGGAUCACUGGGGUCAUUUGGAGACAGCCACAGAGCUCCACUUCCCUUCACUUCAAGGUGCCUGCUUUGCCUCUCCUCCCACUACUGAGCAUCUUUGUGAACAUUUACCUUAUGAUGCAGAUGACAGUUGGCACCUGGGCCCGAUUUGGGGUCUGGAUGCUGAUUGGGUUUGCUAUCUACUUCAGCUAUGGGAUACGGCACAGCCUGGAAGAGGUUAAGAGUGACGAACUCCCAUCCAAGCCUAGGGCCAAAACUCUAGACCUUGAUCUCAGCAGUCCCUGCGCCCACUCGAUUUGACAUCAUCACACCUAGGUGCUGUCUAGUUCCCCUGCACAAUAAUAGAGAUGGCUCCUGACCUCUGGGAGAGGUGGGGGAUACUAACAGAGCUCUGUAUUUAUUGUGGUGUGAAGGAUGUGUUCUUUGCUGUUUCUUGUCUACUUUUGUUUGCUUGUCUACUUUUUAAUUGUAUCUGUAAUUGCUUA